UUUUAGUAUUUUACAGCUCAUCCGAUGGUAAAUUUGAACAGUCCAGCCGCGGUCACACUGCAGUACACAGAAAAUUUACUUUUUUUGUUGAGAAAAUUAGGGAAAUUAACGCACAAAACGCGAGUUAAAGAGGCCCAGAACGUAAGGCGCGAUCAUCAGUCGCCCCGAGGACCACAAGGCACUGGAAAAGGAGUCGCGCUUGCAGAGAUAACCCCGCGAAAGGACCCACGCAAGCAACAGUCCUCCGCCGCCGCCCCAAAAAGAACCAAAAACGCCUGAAGAAGAAGCACCCCCGCAAUCAGAAAUCUGCAAUCUUCAAUCUCCAAUCUCUAGGCACAAAGCACUCCAGUCCAGACAGUCGAGGAAACCGAACCAUGCAGGCGAUUAAGUGCGUCGUCGUGGGCGACGGAGCCGUGGGAAAGACCUGCCUGCUGAUCAGCUACACGACCAAUGCCUUUCCCGGCGAGUACAUACCCACCGUGUUCGACAACUACUCGGCCAACGUGAUGGUGGACGCCAAGCCCAUCAACCUGGGCCUGUGGGAUACGGCCGGGCAGGAGGACUACGACCGACUGAGGCCACUGUCCUACCCCCAGACCGAUGUCUUCCUCAUCUGCUUCUCGCUGGUGAAUCCGGCCUCGUUCGAGAACGUGCGGGCCAAGUGGUAUCCGGAGGUGCGCCACCACUGCCCCAGCACGCCCAUCAUCCUGGUGGGCACCAAGCUGGAUUUGCGCGACGACAAGAACACAAUCGAAAAGCUGAGGGACAAGAAGCUGGCGCCCAUCACCUAUCCGCAGGGUCUGGCCAUGGCCAAGGAGAUCGGAGCGGUCAAGUAUCUGGAGUGCUCGGCCCUGACGCAGAAGGGUCUGAAAACCGUCUUCGACGAGGCCAUCCGGUCGGUUUUGUGCCCCGUGCUGCAGCCCAAGUCCAAGCGCAAGUGCGCCCUUCUCUAAAAGAGUUAGACAGUUGGUCGGUGGAGUUUCACCGGCGGACUCUGCUUAAACGUAAUAUUAUUAACUAUAAAACCAUUAUGUAACCUAAGCGUGGCCAGGCUAAAUGGCUCAUCCGUAGUUUCUUUGUUACAAUUUUGCCACUAAUUUCCGCUGCUAAGGGGGAUUCCCCCAACCCAACCCAAUCCAACCCAACUCUUGCUUUUGUUUCGUUUCCGAGUUCUGAGUUCGUUUCGAGUGUUCUGUAAUUCAUAAUCCAAUUAUUCUGUUUACCCGUGCAUUAAUUUCAACUAAAAGUUAAAAGCGAGAUGUUUCUAGACGAAAUGGAGAACUGUAAACUCUAACUGUAUUUUGUAUUAUUUAAUAACUUUUGUAAUUAAAAUUAAUGUUGUAAAACUGAGGUAAAACCAAAAACGAAAACAAAAAAAAAAAACAAACGAAAAACCUAAAAAAAUGUGAGACAAGUACGAGAUAGCCGCAUAAUGAGCAUAAAGCAUAGAUGUCGCAUAGAUGUUGAUCGAAGGUCCUGCGGAAGGGAUCAGGAUAUUGAGUCAGUAAAGUAAACGUUCCAUUGCAAUUACACUUACAUUAUUACAUACUUGUAUUUAGAUGUUGUUGGAUAUCGAAGCGACGGCGCGGGCGAGUAACAACUUUUUAAACUUUUGCUAGAUCCAGGAACUAUCAAUAUAUAUAUACAUGUAUGUAUAAGAUGAAAAGUCCUUCGUAUACUAUGUACUGAAUUAAAGGCAUCAAACUGAGCAACUUUGAAUACUUUGUAUUUUAAACGACAGAUAUUCAAGAAACACAAGAAAAACAAAAACAUGAACGAAGCCAAGAUAAUUAUAUAAAUGUGUCUAUUUCAAUGGAAAUCAAUAAAGCAUAAUAAAAGGA